AUGGCCGACUUCGAUCGCUUCUUCAAGAUCUCGGUGGUCCACAACGAAUUCGAGAACCAGCAGAAGAAGGUCUUUGGUGAUGCGGUACGUACUCGGACCCUGAAAAGGAUUAUUGAUACCAGAUGGAGUUGCCAAGCUGAUGCCUGUGCCGUCUUCGUCGACACCCUUGACGCAAUCCUUCCGACAUUGGAGGAGGUCAUUUCGUCCCAUCCAGCGAAGCGGGCCGGGGAAGCCGAGGGCCUUUUGUUGAAAAUUGACCAAGUUUUUCUCGUGACUCUGUAUACUCUUCAACGUGUCCUGGCAAUGACCGAUAAAGCAUCUAAGCUUCUCCAGGAUCCGACAGCUGACCUAAGCCAGGCUCGGUUGCUCAUCGAAGAGCUUAAAAGUACCAUCCAAUGUUGCAUCGAUGACACACAAACCGAUGGUACAUUAUGGCAAGGUAUUUGGUCUGAUGCGACAGCUGUGGUCGACAAGCACGAGCUGGACACAUCUCGCCGUUUUGGUAAGAGAAGGCAGAAACGGCGAUCUGCCGACACAGAGCUGUCUCCGGCGGAGGAUGCAUGCGAGCAUCUUUUCCUCCCUUUCAUGGAAAGUAUCCUGAAAGAACUGAAUGAGCGGUUCAGCUUUCACAGCUAUGCAGUUUACGACGGAGUCUGCUGCUUCAAUCCGCAGCACAAUCUCUUUCUAGAUGCCACUAAGAUGGUAGCCUUCGGGGAAAUUUUCGGUUGUAACCUAGACGAGUUAGCAGUAGAGCUCAGAGCUGCUACACGUGCAGUCAGUAGACGCCAAGACGAGCUCCAGGGAGACGGGGACGCGGGGCUGUCCUCAGUCCUUGAUGUAGUUUCAUUCUUACACGGUUUGAAGCUCGCCUGGCCGAGCCUCAUGUUUCUCGAUCAUGUCGCUUUAUGCCUCCCGACGAGCACCGCGUCAUGUGAGCGUUCCUUUUCCGUUCUUAAGUUGGUUAAAACUCAUUUAAGAACCACAAUGGCAGAUGAUAGAUUGAGCGCCCUGGGUGUUCUAUCGAUCAACAAGUCCCGUGCCAGGAAGCUCGACUUAGAUAGGGUCCUGCGCGAGUUUGCGCGGGAAGAGCGCGCCAUUCGUUUGUUCUGA